AGCCGGCAGCUGUGGUCAGAGCAGAGCCUGAUGGCUCCAAGAGAAUCCUUCCAGAGAAAGAGCAGGAGCAGAUUGCCUUAUCAGAGAUGCCAUGCCAGACUCAGGGAGAGCUGAGAGCCCGAGAGCAGGAAGAGCAGCUAAGGCAGCAGGUGGAAGAGCCACAGGAGAAUGGCCAGAGCAUCAAGGCAGAGCCACAAGCAGAGCUGCCCGAAGCUCAGAGUGCCAUCACAGAAGUGAAGAAGAGGAACCAGGAAGAGACGAGAAGAAUUCAAGAGGAGAUGAAUCUCCAUCAGCAGAGAGGCGAUCAACAAAACCAGGUGACUGAAAGAGUGGCAGCCACUCCACUCAUGAAAGAUCCUCUCUCUCGUAUUUUACAGAACUUGAAGGAACAGCUGGACACAGACUUUCAGAAAGCUCACGCUAAGAUCAAGGCAAGGGAGAAGAGGCAGGAGGAAGAAAUGAAAAUCAUCAGAGAAAAACUUAAUCCCCUCCCUCAGGCUCUACAAAAGCAAGUGCAAGUGUUGACAUCUCACCGGGCAGCCGGCAAAGACUUCCGGCAAAUGAGUGGCACUGAAGAGCCCCAAGGCUGGCUAAAGAAAAUAAAUCUCCAAGAACUGAGGAAGAAGGAACUAAAAGUCAAUGAACUCAUGCUCAUGAAGACAAAUAAGAAUCCCAAGCUGGUCAACUAUUUAGACAGCUACCGUGUGGAUGGGCAGCUCUGGCUGGUCAUGGAGUACAUGGACGGAGGCACUCUGAGCGAUGUCAUCAGCAAGACCUACCUGUCUGAAGAUGAGAUGGCAGCCAUCAGUCGGGAGUGCCUGCAAGGCCUGGAUUUUCUUCACUCGAACCACGUGAUCCACCGAGAUGUGAAGAGCAGCAACAUCCUUCUCAGAACCGACAGCUCUGUCAAGCUGGCUGACUCUGGCCUCUUUGCUCAGCUCAGCCCUGAGCAGAGUCGACGGAGCUCAGUGGCCAGCAUUUCUGGGUGGAUGGCGCCUGAAGUGGUGACAGGUCAACCAUGUGGCCCCAAAGUGGACAUAUGGUCUCUUGGAAUCGUGGGCAUCGAAAUGGCGGAACGAGAAGUUCCUUACUGGAAUGAAACUCCUGUUUCGCCUCAACUCCUGAUAGCCAUACGAGGGACACCAAAGCUGCGGCAGCCCAACCGAUUCUCGCCUUGCCUGCGUGACUUCCUGAGGCACUGCCUGCAGACAGACGAGGCACAGCGCUGGUCUGCCAAGGAGCUCCUGCAGCAUCCAUUUGUAACAUCAGCCAAGCCAACGUCCACCCUGGUACCACUCAUCAGCUCAGUGAAGAAGAAGAAGAAGACAAGAAUGUAACAAUCAAGAUAUUAUCUCCAUAACCAAGUUAGAGUAGGAUUGUAGAGUAGGACUCCAGAGUAGGAUUGUUGAGUAAUUUUGUAGUAUAGGUUUAUAGAGUAGGAUUGGAAUAAAAUAAAGUUUCUGAAGCAU